AGCUUAGUCUCUCUUGCAGCUCGCAGAAAAUAAAGAUCCGUUGGCUCACUCGCCUCUCCUGCAAUUUCACCUUUUCUGCAUUUUUUGUUUUUUCUUUCUUGUUGCAACAGAGUGUGGGAGGAAUCAUCAGYGGCUCCACUUUGAGGCUUGUCAAGGCUCAGCACACGCACACACACGCACACACUCGCAACCCAGAGCAAAAACAUUUGCUCUCACCUGUCUCCAAACCCAAAGCAAACCUCUCGUCCAAGCAAACCGCUAACACUUGGAAUGAGAAGACACCUGAGCCAGAAUCUAAUGUAAGGGGAAGAAAUGCAGUGUACACUGGCAACUUUUCUCUAAAAAGCAAGUGGCCAAAAGGAACGAAAGGAGCUUUUAAGAAGAGGACAGCUUAAGGAAGAAGAUUUCAUUUUCUGGAUUUCAAACCAAACUUCGGAAAAGUUGUUGUUUUUUUUUUUUUUCUUUUAGUUAUUAUUCUGUGCACCUUCUUCUAAGAACAUUGAGACAUUGUUACCUGCAUGUAAAAGCUUUUACAUAUAUAUAUAUAUAUAUAUAUAUACAUACAUACAUACAUAUAUAUAUAUGCAUAUUUAAAAGGGAAGAAAACCAAGAGGAAGAAUAGCAUGUGGACCAUCACCUAGCCAAAAGCACCACUGAAGCAUCCCUCGCGGCAAGGGGGACACAGACUCUGGAUGUGUAUAAUUCCGAGGGACUGCAUUUUUUUCCCACCGGGCUUAUGAGAUAGCACAGAGGCAGGCGAGUCACCGAGAAUUACUUCUGUCUCCUCUCACCACCAGCACCACCACCUCCACGUCCUCCUCCAAGGGCUCCUGCGAUUCUGCCACCUCCUCCCGGGUCGCAGGGGACAUGGGAACGCGCGGCGCCCUCGAUGCCUGAGGCCGAGCGGCCGCGGGGCUGUCUGCGGGAAGCGCUUCCCUCCCGGGGCUCGCCGUCCAUGUGCCCGCAGCCGGCGGGGCCUGGAGUCGGGAUGAAUUUCGGCGUGGUCUUCGCGUUCAUCCUCUCGCUGCCCCUGGCCCGCAUGGAGGGGGACCCCAUACCGGAAGAUAUUUAUGAGAUUUUGGGUGGCAGCUCAGUGCGUUCCAUCAGCGACCUCCAGCACGCGCUGCGGAUAGACUCCGUAGAGCGAGAUAGCUCUGGCCUGAGCCUGAAUGCAACUCAGCCCAAUCAAAACCCUGUGGCCCUGUCUCGAGAGCGACGAAGUCUGGAUGCUCUGGCAGCAGCAGAGACAGCUGUCCUUGCAGAGUGCAAGACGCGGGAGGUGGUCUUCGAAAUCUCCCGCAACAUGGUGGACAGCACCAAYGCCAACUUCGUGGUGUGGCCGCCCUGUGUGGAGGUGCAGCGCUGCUCUGGGUGCUGCAACAACCGCAACGUGCAGUGCCGCCCCACACAGAUCCGCRUUCGGCACGUCCAGGUGAACAAGAUCGAAUUUGUCCAGAGGAAGCCAAAAUUCAAAAAAGUCGUUGUGCCUUUGGAGGACCACGUGCAGUGCCGGUGUGAAGCCGUGUUCCGACCACCCCCCAGGARCAUCCGUCCAGGAUCACGUGAACAGAGACGCUUGUCACCAGCGUUCACCACAGCCGCUGUCUCACAGAGGCGGCGAGUACGCCGGCCGCCGGCACAGAAGAGGAAACAUAAGAAGUACAAGCAUGUCAACGAUAAGAAAGUGCUGAAAGAAAUCCUCAUAGCAUAGAAGUGCUGGCAGGGGAGAGAGAGCACAAGGCAGGUUAAUUUAAUAUAUUUGCUGUAUUGCCCCCAUGGGGUUCUUGGAAUGAUAACUUUUCCUCUUUGUCCAUCUGCCUCGAUGUCUGAUUCAGACAGCAAUUGGUGCUUCCCUUUCCAUCAGUGGACCUUCUCCCACCAAAGCCUCCCUUUCAUUUAUUAGCAUAAUUUUAAAGUUUUACACACACACACAAAAGGACAAGGAUGACCUACAUAUAUAUAUAUAUAUAUAUAUAUAUAUGAGAAAAGAACAAAGUACAAAUAAAACCAUGAACGCCAACAGCCACAACUUGCUAUGAGAACAGGACAAUUCCUUCCCUGCUACAGAGGACAGGAUGGAAAAUGUGAAGAGGAAAGCAGGUCCAAUUUCUUGCGAGGGAAGGAGAAAAACAGAUGGACAGAGGCCAGAAGGGGAAUAUUCUCUCUUUCCCUCGUGCUUUUGGUAAGGCUGGGAGGCCCAGCUGAGAUCUACACUUGCACUGGACCUACGUUUUGGAAACAGGUGUAUCUCAGAUUGUGAGUGGCGACCAAUGAUGGAAAAUGCACUAAGGACUUUUAUYGCCCUACCUGGACAGAUAUGUAUUUUUAACGUGCGUGUGUAUAUUUUAUUUUAAAAAAGAAAAACCAAAACCACUAAGAUAUACGACAUCUCGGGGAACAGAACAAACAAGCAAAGAAGCAAAACAAAGAAGCCAAAUGCAUUCCCCCACUCCCUUUCCCCUCCUGCUCCUGGUGCUGACUGGAAGGUGUUUGGAUCGUGGGGAAGGAGCACACAGCAGCAGAAUCGUCUCCACGCCCCCGGCCCCUGCCAAGGGGAGCCAUCUUUGCACAUGCUGGUGGAGAACUCAACUUUCCAGGCUCGGACUCAAAUUAUUUUUUAAAUUCACGCUGUAUGUGUGCGUGUGUAUAUGUGUGUGUGUGUGUGUAUAUAUAUAUACGUGUGCGUGCGCGUGUGUGUGUGUAUGUGUAUUUAUACAUACAUAUAUAUAAAAAAAAAUAUAUAUAUAUAUAUAUAUGUUCUUAAACGGAUUUCAUUCCCCAGUGGCAGGAAGCUCAGAGGCAUGUGCAUGCAUUGGCUUCACUGGGCUGGCAGAAAAGCACGCUGUUACUGCAACGCGCUUGCGAGGCUCAGGAUGGGGCAGGCAGAGGCAUCRUUUGAUCUCCCUCUCUCUCUCCUUACCCUUUUCUCUCACUCUGCAUCACCCUCCCUCCCCCCAGCGCAACUUCCUUGCAGGAGGUGAAGUGGCCCCACAACAAGCCCAAGGACAGCCAAACUUAGAAGCAUGACUUAAUUUCARUGAGCUGUCCUGCCUGCUCUGUGGUCUCGAAAGCAGAAUCAUGUCAUUCGCACGAGGUUUUUAACCCUUUCCUGGGUGUCAUGCUUACUAUGCCUCCACUGACCUCUCCCUGACAAUGUCUACACAUCUCCCAUCAUUUUCCUCACAUUUUCCCUCUCAAAUUCCUUCUUAAUCUUUACCCAUCAGAUGUUCCCAACCCACUUAGCUUGAAAGUUGAUCCACGAUGCGGACAGCUCUGUGUAGGUAUAAAAAAUGAGGAUGGUCUUCACAGCUGGCAGCAGCUGUCUGAGACAGAAGUGAGCUCUUCUAAGUGAGAAGGACGCAGAGAACAACUGGAGGGUCAGUUGUACCUGCCUGUCUUUGAGGUGGGAGGAGGACUGUGUGGCAGGGGCUGGUUUUGCACGUGUAGCACAUGAAGAAAUGCCUGCUCAGAGCAAUCACAGCGCUUCUCCCCUCACACACACAUCCCUAUUGUGGGGCAAAGCUCUGGAGGGAGAUGGGCAGAGUAGCCAAAGUUGCAGAAUGUGAGCUGUUACAAGUUGUGGAGGAGCCCAGUCCUCGCCUUCUGCAAGCCCAGGGCACUUCUCAUACCACUGCCAAGGCAGCAUGUUGCUCCAUCCCCAAGCCCUCAAGUCUUAAGACACUUUGUUUUCCUGUUCCAAAAUCUGUUUCUUUUGGUUUGUAAAUAUGGUGAGGUUUUGUUUUAUUUUAUUUUAAUUUUUUGCCCUUUUUUUUUAAAUGUAAGAUUAAUUUAUACU